GAUAAGCGGAAGAGGUGUUGACGCAGGUUCGUUGCUGUCAACAGUCCACGGCAACUUCAGACGCUACCGAACCCGUCGGUAGAAACGGCGAAGCAGCGAAAUUACGCUUCUGUGUGUGUGUGUGUGUUUGAGUGACUUGAACAGAGACAUCACUGUGUGUGUCAGUGUGUGUGUGUGAGUGUGAGAGAGAGGGGGGCCUUGUAGUGCUGUAGUGUGAGUGUGUGUGAUGUCUUCGGAACUGCUGGUAGACGUGGGUGACGACCCUGCAACUGCCCAGCUGGGACAGCUGAAGCUGGCUACCAUCGAGGACCAGCAGUGGCCCCCCGACGAGUCUUUCCUCAGCAAGUCAGAGACAGAUGUUUCCCAGCAGUUUGAUGCCAGCUCUCCCCACCUGCCCUGGGACCAUCCCUUCUACGACAUUGCCAGACAUCAGAUCAUUGAAGUGGCCGGUGAUGACAACUUUGGCAGGAAGGUGAUCGUGUUUAAUGCCUGCAGGAUGCCCCCACAGCACCAGCUGGACCAUCAUAAGCUGCUGAUGUAUCUUAAAGGGACACUGGAUCAGUAUGUGGAAAGCGACUACACGCUGAUCUACUUCCAUCACGGGCUGACCAGUGAAAACAAGCCUUCUCUGGGCUGGCUGCGAGACGCAUACAGAGAGUUUGACAGAAAGUACAAGAAGAACAUCAAGGCCCUGUACAUCGUCCAUCCUACCAUGUUCAUCAAGACUCUGCUGAUCCUCUUCAAACCAAUCAUAAGUUUUAAGUUCGGCAGGAAGAUCAACUACGUGAGCUAUCUGAGCGAGCUGGAGGAUGUGGUCAAGUGUGAUCAGCUGCUGAUUCCCACCCGUGUCAGAGAGUACGACAACAAAUUAAGAGCGUCUCUGAAACCCAGCACCCAGCCUCCCGUGUCUCCUCCUCACAGCCCUCCUCUGCCCAACCAGGUGUUCGGAGUGCCGCUCGCACUGCUCAGACAGAGGGACCCAGAGGGUGAUCCAGUUCCUGUGGUGAUGAGAGACACCAUUAGCUUCCUUUCAGAGCAAGGCUUGGAGAUUGAGGGCAUCUUCAGACGAUCUGCCAACGUGACUCUGGUGAAGGAGGUCCAGCAGAAGUACAACUCGGGGGAAACAGUGAACUUCAGAGAGAUGGAAGAUGUGCACUUGGCUGCUGUCAUUCUGAAAAAGUUCCUGAGGGAGCUACCUGAACCUCUGCUGACCUACACGCUCUACAACGACAUCGUCAACUUUGCCUCUGUAUCCAGUGAGAGCCAGGCGACGGUAAUGAAGACGCUGGUAGAGUCCCUGCCCGAGGAAAACUACGCAUCACUGCGAUACCUCAUCACAUUUCUGGCACAGGUAUCAGCCAACAGUGAGGUGAAUAAGAUGACCAACAGUAACCUGGCUGUGGUGUUUGGUCCUAACCUGCUGUGGGGGCGGGACAACGCCAUGUCACUCAGCGCCAUUGGACCAAUCAAUAACUUCACUAGAACCCUGCUGGACCAACAGCACCUGGUGUUUGUCUAAGCACCACAAAAUGCAGCUGCGAAUAAACACAAAGGAUCCACUCUGCAAUUUUCUUAUAGCAAUGAAUUAUGCUACUAAAUUUAGUUUUUUCUUCUCCUUGCCAACACAAUAUAAACUGUAUCUGGGGCCUUCCCCUCACACCAGACCUCUGAAUAGCACAUCUGUUUCCCUGCCAUGUUCUGGGCCUUUGACCGCACCCUCGGUCCAGUGCGCUGAAGCCUCUGUGGAGGGCACUGAGGACUCUCCACAUCGCUUUGCUUUAGCUGUUUUCCCACACACUCACAGAACACAUUAUAAAUUCCCAAAAACAUGUGCCACACGAGUACAGAUCUAAACAUGUCAUCCAUUUCUCCCUGUGAGCACAGUGUGAAGCUGAACCAUGAUGCAGAGUAGCAGCUCACUCUGGUUAUCAGGCUCACACUGUAAGAGCUGUAACAUGAGGAGGGGGUGUGUAUCUUCCAGGACAGCAAUGCACUCAUGAAAUCUGACAGUGUGAGUGCACUGCAGCCUGCAGGCCUGUCACGUGGCUCCUUUGUGAAGCUCCCGCCUCCUGUUUCUUCCAUCCGGGCCUUCGUGAACUCCAUUCCUACCUGCAUGCUUUCACGUGUAUAUUCAGGUGUGUCGGGCCCUGCCCGAGCACAGCGGCUGGUUAUCGUCCUUGUAUCUGUCAGUAGGAUAAUAGCAGUUGGACGUAGAUGUCCCCUUUCUUUCUCUUUGUGUGUGUGAUGUGGAGUUUGUUCGUCCCAUAGGGUUCUGACUGUGUACUAAAGAGGGCGUUGAUGAAGGUGAGACUUUGCAGCUCCAUGAAAGACUCAGGUUAACUUCAGACUGGUGAACUUGGUACCAAACUUUGAGGACAAUCUAUGAGAUGCUGUACUGUAGAGGAGUCGUGGCACUCAGUGAGCACAUACAGCUGUACAGGAAGUGCUGGACCUGAAGCUGCUGUGGUUUCACACCAGCGGUCUGCAGCAGUGUUUCUCUCCUAUAUCUGACUGAUCCUCACUAAUGACAUAAUGUGGAAACACGGGAACCACAGCCUGACUAAAUUCAGCUUUCACUGUAGGAACUCUGAUUCUGGACUCGUCUCUCUUAGCUUUGAUAAGUAGCUAAUUUUACUGGUGGGUAAACGGCACACACACAACAAAAGGUCUGCUUCUUUCCUGAAUGACAACUGUGUGUGUGUGUGUGUGUGUGUGUGUGUGUGUGUGUGUGUGUGUGUGUGUGUGUGUGUGUCAGAGAAGGUGACCGGUGAGCACCACUCCAGGCACUCUGUGGGUGUGGUCAUCAGCGUGGAGCUGUUUAUUACAGGUGUGGUGCUCAGAGAAAGGAGGGGGAGGUGUCCUUCGGUCUCAUGCAGUACCCGUGUGCAUGCAGGGGACCCCCCCACAGGGAUUUGUGUUAUCAGAGUUUGAAACUAUGAAAUAGGCCAGCGUCUCAUUCCUGAUCAUGUGAGCAGUAAUCCAAGUUGGGCAGUAAUGGCUUUGCUUUUUCCCCGUCUCCGUUCUGACCUCCGUUCUCAUGUUUUAUAUCCUCAGUUGCCAUAUUUUGUUUCAGGUUCUGCCACUAAAGGAGUUUGUCCAAGUUGUGUGAUGUUUGUGGCUCUUCACCCAGUGCUGUACUGCUGAGUGCUUCCAGCUUUCCAGUCAUGCUGCAGCAGCACCGUCAGAAAGUAUUGUUCUUUCAUUUACUGGAGCAUUAAUGUAGAGUAAUGAUGUGUUAUACCAUUGCUGUCUGUGGCCAAUCACAAACCAGUAUUCCCUUCAGCUAUUAUUAUAUUUGAUGGCAUUUUAGUCACUACAGGCAUUUGGGAGCAGGCCAGUGUAAUCUGUAAUCAGAUUACACUGGCCUGAAGCUUCCUGCUGCAUUUGCCUUCCAUUCCUCACCGCUCACGUUCUUUGUGUUCCCAGGACAAACGUGGUUCCUGUUUGGACUGUGCGGCACCCUGGAAAGCUCUGCUUUUCUCCUCAGUUUACAUGACCUCAUGUUUGCCAUCUGUGCCCAUCCAAAGCCUCAGUCUGAGCUACGUUAACCCGCCAUCUGACCCGUAGCUGUUGAUUAUGACUGUAACUGGAAGUUGACCUUUGUGACCCGGCUGAGGUGUCUCCUUCCAUUUUGUGUAAAGACUCCGAGCCAAAUGCUCUUGAACUUGUUGUGUUUGAGUUUGUUAAUUAUGAAAAUACUAGAGUGGGUAAAUAUGAGUGUUGUAGUGUUCCUGUGAUUCUUGGUUUCUAUAAUGAUGUGACUGAAAAGCACCAAAAAAUUCAGAAUUUCAGUUUGACUGAAGCUGAGAGCAAAAAAAUCUCCGUUUACCUGUCCUGAUGCCACAGUGAUCGACGUGCUGUCGUGUGUGCGUGCGUGUGUGUGCGUGCGUGUGUGUAUGUGUGUGUUGUGCCUUAUGCCUUAUUUGUUUUCCCCAAGUGAUCAUGUGAUUAGCCAUCCAAGUGCCAGUGUGAUCAUCCUGCCAUAGAUCCAGACAGCAGAGCUCUGGUGUUUGCAUGUUCGUGCUCAGAAAGAGCUGAAGGUACGAUGAGCGAUCACCCGUGGGUGGACGGUGCCCGUGGGUGGACGGUUGCAGUUUGUGCGUCAGCUGAGCUGGAAUAACGUCUGGGUUCAGUUUGGUGUAAUCCAGAGUCGCCGUCAGCAGAUUAAGAAUAAUAAUGUUGGGCUUCCUUUUCUAAUGUGAGCUGACGUCACGUUUUCAGUAACAUUCCUGCCGAGCGAUUACAGCCUCUCUAAUCUGUGGAUCUUUGUACUGUAACUGUUGUCAUGGUGACAGUGAACAACAUUCUCCGUGAGAGAACGUCAUUGGUUUCCAGGCUGAUCUAUUUUUACGUAGUGACCUUAUCAUCUUUUCUUUUUUCAUCCUUUUACUUUUGAUAUGAUGUGGAGCUCAGUCUUCUACAUGUAUGAUGUAUAAUGGUAAUAUACAGUAAUAUCAGUGUGUGCAAACAAUAAAGAAGUGCUGAAUGACA